UGAACGCGUCCAUUGGACUACAGGGACCACUACUAUAAACAUAUCAAAAGUCGUUGCGCUCGAAGAGGACCACGUCGUAGUUACACACAGCCGAGUUGGAGAACUUUUUGUGACUUUUUUUAUGACUUUUGGGCUCCGUGAAAAAACGGAGAAAAAACGUGGGAGUUGGAGCAGCGACAGUUUGUGACUUUUUGUUCUGAAAGUUGCUGCGCUCGUUUGAUUCAAGAGUCUCUCGUGGGAACGUAUUCAGAAGAAAAACACGAUAUGAGGAUUAUCUGCUGGCUUUGAGCUUCAACGCCGUCGAGCAAAGAGGAGUUUCUCCAGCAAGGAGCAGAAAACGGCAUGUAGCGCAGGAUUUAGGCACCUGUUCAUCCUCCUCCACCUCCUCAUCAUCCUCCUCCUCCCCUCCGCACAUCUUUGGGAAUGGGCCAGCGCCUUGCCAGGGUGCAUCUUUCCACCCGGUGGUGUGGCUGGCGUCGUGCGAGAGUGAGGAGGGCAGCGGCCAGGUCAUAGAGCCGGCCCACCCCUCUCUCCACUUGCUUGCUCCCAAGUGACUUUUGACCUUUGACUCAGCCGUGACCUCCAGCCAGCCAUGCCCUUCCGGCUGAGGCUGCGGCGCACACGGCGCUACAACGUCCUGAGCAAAAACUACUUUGUGACCCGGAUUCGCCUGUUGGACAACAAUGUGAUUGAAUGCACUCUGUCUGUGGAGAGUACGGGACAGGAAUGUCUGGAGGCGGUGGCCCAGAGGCUGGAGCUACGGGAGACCCAUUACUUUGGGCUAUGGUUCCAGGGAAAGACCCAGGCCCCGGCCCAUCGCUGGGUGGAGCUGGAGAAACCUCUCAAGAAGCAGCUGGACAAGUUCGGAAACGAGCCACUGCUCUUCUUCGGAGUCAUGUUCUACGUGCCCAGUGUUUCCCGACUGGAGCAAGAAGCCACCAGGUAUCAGUAUUACCUGCAGGUGAAAAAGGCAGUGUUGGACGGACGCCUCCACUGCACAGUAGAGCAGGGGAUCAGGCUAGCUGGCCUAGCAGUACAAGCGGACUUUGGAGACUUCACUCAGUUCAUGUCCCAGGACUUCCUCAGGGAGUACGUGCUCUUCCCUGUGAACUGGCCUAAUGGAGAUGAGGUGCUUGAGGAGUGGACCCAAAAAGUCGCUAACGAGCACAAGAGUCGCUGUCGAAUGCAGACUGCUGAAGCAGAGCUUCUGUACAUCAAAGAGGUGGAGAAACUGGACGGCUUUGGGCAGGAGAGCUUUCCGGCUAAGGACAACUACACCAACGAUAUUUUCAUCGGUGUGUCUUUCAUUGGGGUGUUUGUCAAACACAGAAAUGGCCGAUCCAUCAUGCUCCACAAGUGGAAGGACAUUGGUACCAUAGCGCACAACAAGUCAGCCAUCACAGUGGAGAUAACAAGCAAAGACGACACCAUCAUUUUUCACAUGGAGGAUAUGGAAAUGGCCAAGUACAUCGCUCGUCUUUUUACGGCCAGACACAAAUUCUAUAAACAGAACAAGAUCUGUGCAGAGCCGACUCACUCACCUGCGCAAAUCAGGAGGAGAACCACCUGGACCCACCGCCUCUCUCUGCCGCGGCCCCAGUCCUGCAACUUCCAGUCAAUGCAUUCCCAGUAUGGAGAGCAUCAUCAGGACACACAGAGCUCUCAAGACAGCAUCUUCCAUGACGAAGCCUACUACAAGUCAGAGACUAGUCUGGAUCGCUGCCCGGCGGAAUUUCCUUUCCGAAAUGGUACCGUGCCCAAUGGGAGCAUGUACAGCAGCCCCAGCCUGAGCUCCCUCAAUCACUCCCAGACUUUUGUCCCCCCCUCGCCCAUGUCCUCCAACCUCAGCAUCCCCGGCAGCGAGCUCAUGCGCCCUGACUACAUCCCCAGUCACCGCCACAGCGCCAUCAUCGCUCCGUCCUACCGGCCCACGCCCGAGUACGAUGCUGUCAUGCGGCAGAAGCGACGCAUGCUCCCCGCUCACCAUGACCUCCACAGCCAAUCGCUACGAAGCCUGAACAUCAGCAAUGCGUGUGCUUACAGCCAGCCUGAGGCUCUGGUGUAUAGCCAGCCAGAGAUGAGGGAGAGGAGCCCUUAUCAUGGCCUGGGGCCCAGCCCGGGACCUUACGCACCACAGAUCAGCUACAGUAAGCCAGUGUCCCAUGGCCCUCAUCAGGGAGGACCAGCCACCAGUCAGGGCCCCUGUCAUUCCCCCUGCGUUAAUGGAGGGGGAGGCGGUGGUGUGGGUGGAGGUGUAGGAAACUCCAUCUCUCACACUGUCAGCACACCUGAGCUGGCGAAUACCAAACAACAGGGGAACGUGGGAAGCUAUGCAGUUACAGCGAACGUGCUGAGAAACCACAUGACGCGCCCUCCUCCACCCUACCCUUCCAGCUCCUUCCGCCCGGCCACCAGCACCCCGGACCUGGCCAGCCACCGUCACCGCUGUAUCGGGGGCAGCAGUCCAGAGCUGGUGACCCGCAUGGUGCAGCUGUCGGUCAAGACCUUCCAACCGGACAGCUCGGCCGUGGUGCACCAGUCCCUGCAGGAGGUAAGUGAACCGUUAACGGCAGCUGCUAAGCACCGCUCCACCCUGGGCAAGAGACACAGCAUGGAGGUGAUCAGCAGCAUGAGAGGAGGUGGAGGGAUGGAUGGCCUUGUGAUGAAAGGUAUGAAUGCUCCCCUUCAUCGGAGGAACACUCUCAGAGAACAUGUGAUGCCACCUCAGCCUCAGCCCCAAACCCCUCAGCAACAACCCCAGACUCAUCCUCAGCAGCCACAGGAGUUGCCCAUGCAGAUGCCUGUCCAGAAAGCCUCUGAGGUUUCUGUCGCGCCACCUGAGUCUGUGGCCUACCAGCAUCAAAAGACUCUCUCCAAUGCUACCAUGCUCAUACACAGUAGUGAGAGUGAAGAAGAGGAGGAAGAGGAAGAGGAGAGGCCUGAGUUGGACGUUCAAAUUCCUGGUCUCAACGAGGGCAUUAGCGCUCAGCUCCAGGCUGCUCUGGCCAAGCUGCCAAACAAACCCCCUCCGGAGUACCCUGGUCCUCCUAGACCUGCGAGCAAUGUUCAAAUCCGCAACCACAAUCACACUCACCACCACAACCACAAUCCAGGCCCGCAUAGCAACCAGGGACACAUGGACCCAAACCAAGCCCAGGGUCGGGCACUCAAAGCCGGGCAGAACCCAGGGGGUGGGGGACCUGGAGGUGGUGGAGGUGGUCCAUCUGCUGGUGGGACACUAACCCGAGGGGACCAAGGUGGGGUGAAUGGGGCAGUUUUAGGUCCCUCCAUUUCAGAACCGGACCUAACUAGUGUGAAGGAGAGAGUGAGGAAGGAGCCGGUCAAAGAGAGGCCGGUGUCGGAGAUGUUCUCUCUGGAAGACAGCAUCGUGGAGAGGGAAAUCGCUCAGAGGACGCUGGAAAGACAGAAGAUGUCCGUGGACUCCAUGAAGAGGCCGCUGAUGAUGGCCGCCCUCAACGGCCUCUACGUGGCCCGAAUGCCUGUCCCCGAGAGUCCUGCAGAAGAAGGGGCCAAAGCGGCUACAGACGAACGGUGUAAGACCUUGGAGUUGAAGCUGGAAGAGGAGCGGGUCUUCACUGAGUAUGAGCAGGUGCCCAAGAAGAGGACAGACUGUGUGCUCACCACGGCAACUCUGCCCGAAAACACGGAGCGCAACCGUUUCCGUGACGUCGUCCCCUACGAGGAGAAUCGAGUCGAGCUGGUGCCAAACAAGGAGAACAACACGGGCUACAUCAACGCCUCGCAUAUCAAGGUGAUGAUCAGAGGGGAGGAGUGGCACUACAUCGCCACUCAGGGCCCGUUAGCCAACACCUGUGCCGAUUUCUGGCAGAUGGUGUGGGAGCAGGGGGUCAACGUCAUCGCCAUGGUUACUGCCGAGGAGGAGGGUGGCAGGCCCAAGAGUCACCGCUACUGGCCAAAACUGGGCUCCAAACACAACUCGGCCACUCAUGGUAAAUUCAAGGUGACCACAAAAUUCCGCACGGACUCGGGCUGCUACGCCACCACGGGGUUAAAGGUCAAACACCUGCUCUCCGGCCAGGAGAGGACGGUCUGGCACCUGCAGUACACUGACUGGCCUGAGCAGGGCUGUCCCGAAUAUGUCCAGGGAUUCCUCUCCUACCUAGAGGAGAUCCAGUCUGUAAGGAGGCACACCAACUCCAUGCUGGACACCUCAAAGAGCCUCAACCCCCCUGUGGUGGUCCACUGCAGUGCCGGGGUGGGUCGCACCGGAGUGGUCAUCCUCACUGAGCUCAUGAUCAGCUGCCUGGAGCACAAUGAGCCUGUGGAGGUUCCCACCAUGUUGUCGGAGCUGAGGCAGCAGAGGAUGCUGAUGGUGCAGACCAUCUCCCAGUAUAAGUUUGUCUAUCAGGUGCUCAUUCAGUUCCUGAAGAACUCCCGCCUCAUCUGAGCCGGGAUGCUGACCUUUGACCUUACGACGUGGCAGAAUGGAACUCCAAUGGUACUUCGAAUUGGCAUGAGAACUGUACAACAGAUGCAGUGUUACCGGUGACUGGUUGGAAGCAAAUACAGAGAUUCAUGUCCAGUUUUAUAUGUUGCAGUUUAUGGAGAAUCUGGUGGAUUUUCCAGACAAAAUCACCUCAAGGGAGGCAAGGAUUUGUGUAGGCUUGUAUAGAAAUUGAACACCAUUUCUCCUCACGUGGUUCUUUGCCCCCUGGGUUUUACUCUUGGACCUGCUCAUGGAGAAGGCAUGUGUGUGCGUUCUCCACAUGCAGGUGUCUGUCCUGGAGAUUUCAUACCAUCAGAUCUCUUGUUUCAGGUUGAAAAGGUGGCCUGCCUGAUACAUGUCUCAUUCAUAAUUCAGCCAUGAUUAGAAAUGGCACUAUGCUGCAUGAACAGUAGGUGGCAGCAGUAUUACUUCUAUUUUCUACACUCUGAAAGAGUUUGCCAAACAAAAGUAUUCCUUAAAUCACUCUUCUAAAAUGUUCCUUUUUAUUUCUGACAGAGUAUUAAUAAUACAGCAAAUAUUUACUUUAACAUUGUAACAAAUGUUUUUAUUUAUUUCUAUCAAGAUUGUUGUCGCCUUCACCAUUAAAAGGAGCAUUAACAAGCAUGUCGAUCCUUUCCCUGUGGAUUUACAUUUUUCAUCCUUGAACACGUCUUAAUUGUUACCGUAGUUCUUUUGGAAAGCCUUCUCCGUCAAUUCCAAAAGUGUUACUAACGCUUUCCUUGACACAUUUCUUCUAAGAUCCUGCUCCACAUGCAAACAAAGUGCUUUUUAACAGUCACUUGAAUCUUGAAUCACAGCUCCUUGUGAUCCACUGUGUUUUAUCACAUUUCCUACUGAGAAGCAUUUCAAAAGUCUAAAAAGUAUUUGUCCAAAUAAAUGGAGAACAUUUAUAGAUAUCAUGUCACAGUUGGCACUCGCAGUAAAUAGAGAAUUGUUUCUGAUACAGCAAAUACUGUAUACGCUGUGUUAUUGUGCCUUAUUGAAACAAGGAGAAGACGUUUCCUUGUUUUAGGGUCCUGGAUGUGUUUUUAAAAGUGAAAUCCUUUUCUUCUUUUUUUACCUCCAAAGAUUCAAUCUUUAAAUCGGUAUUUAAUCAUUUGUGUUUGUUACAACAUUUCAAAUCGUUUGCCUACCUCUGAGGUAAAGAUUUGGCAGUAUGAGGUGGUUUGGUUUUGAAAGGAUGCAUGACACAAGUGACUAAGAAAACAAUGGCCUUUAAUACAAAUCUGAUCCAAGCCUAUAAGAUUACUUUGAUGCCAUGUUCCCGGUUCCUGUUUAUAAAACUUCACUCCUUUCACAUUCAAUCUUCUUUUUUAUUCUUCUGAAUCGUGAUGCAAAGCCAGCCAUGUCCAGAUUAACUUUGUAAAUAAUGGGCAUGUGAGAAAAGAUUUCUACAAAUGUUUUAUAUAGUUUCUUCUUUUGACUUGGUACCCUAAAAAUACCGCAACAUAAUAAACUAUGCAUGCAUUUUUAUAUUUCAAUGUAUAUAUUCUAAAAUAAGUAUAAGCUUUAUCCUCUCUUGACAUAUAAGUGUUUCUUUGCACUUCUGUUCUCUUUGUGACAGUAUUUUCUCACACGGCAUUCCACUGUUUGUUUAUAUUUAAUUUUUCCCCUUCAUUUUUCUUUGUGGCAGAACUCCCAAAUACGUUUCAAAGUAUGUGUACAUAUGUUUUGUAUAUGCGUUUUCAGUGCAUAAAGUCUUUUGUUUUUCUCUCCCCAGACAUGUAUGAACCUGUCGUACUUGCUUAUUAUGCAAUAAAGCCUUAUUUUCUUUAA